ACCAUGAAAAUUUUGGAAAAAUGGCAGGAUUGGAGGCUGGGGCCUUUUUCAUCGGGAGCAAGGGAGAGGAGGAAACUCAUACGGGAAACUUUGCUUAGACCAGAUUUGUAGCGCUCAUGAUUGGCUACCGAGAAAAUCGCGAGAGAGGGAGAACCGAAAAUGCUGGAAUUGAAUGGCGGAGAGCCGAAUCAGAACCGAGGAAGCCGAGUGGUUUCAUACGGCGAGUGCGAUUCUUAUGUUCGAUGUUCGUCGUUUGUUUCACCGCCGCAUUCUAUUGAUAUACUUUUCUCUAAUUUUCUCAUUUAAACAAGUGAUCCGGGUCUCUGGCCAUUACGAUACAUAAUAUCCAGCAGUAAUGGCGAUGGUAACAAUGUCAGUCAUUGCCGGAUGAAGGCCUUGAAUCUGAGGUUCGAUACUUGUUGAAAUUAAGCGAGUGGACGUUUAUCUCAUACGCAGACUGCUACCAUGGAUCGCUUCAAUAAGGGCGAGAAGCAAUCAGAAUUUUUCACCGAGUAUGGAGAAGCAAGCCGAUACCAAAUUCAAGAAGUUAUCGGGAAAGGAAGCUAUGGAGUUGUUGGUUCUGCAAUUGACACCCAGACCGGUGAAAGAGUUGCCAUCAAGAAAAUUAAUGAUGUUUUCGAGCAUGUAUCUGAUGCCAUACGCAUCCUAAGAGAAAUUAAGCUUCUGCGGAUGCUUCAUCAUCCGAAUAUUGUAGAGAUAAAGCAUAUCAUGCUUCCUCCCUCACAACGAGAAUUCAAAGAUAUAUAUAUUGUUUUUGAGUUGAUGAAGUCUGACCUUCACCAAGUAAUUAGGACAAACAAUGUUCUUUCUCCGAAGCAGCAUAAAUUUUUCUUGUUCCAGCUUCUUAGUGGUCUAAAAUAUAUACAUGCAGCAAAUGUCCUUCAUCGAGAUUUAAAGCCGAAAAACAUACUUGCAAAUGCUGACUGCAGACUGAAGAUAUGUGAUUUUGGACUUGCUCGCGUUUCUUUUGGGGAUGCGCCGUCUACUAUUUUCUGGACAGAUUAUGUCGCAACUCGUUGGUAUCGUGCUCCAGAACUCUGUGGAUCAUUUUUCUCGAAAUACACCCCUGCUAUAGAUAUAUGGAGUAUCGGAUGCAUAUUUGCAGAAAUGCUUACGGGAAAACCGUUGUUUCCUGGAAAAAAUGUGGUUCACCAAUUAGAUCUAAUUACCGAUCUGUUUGGCACUCCUGAUGCUGAAUCCAUAGCGAAGAUUCGGAAUGAGAAGGCAAGAAGAUAUCUUGGAAACAUGCGUAAAAAACCACCAGUUCCAUUCUCUCGAAAGUUCCCUAAUGUCGAUCCAUUGGCACUUACUUUGCUGGAACGCCUCCUGGCAUUUGAUCCGAAAAGACGUCUAACAGCUGAAGAGGCACUAUCUGAUCCUUACUUCAAUGGUAUGGAAAAAGCAGACCUUGAAGCUCCUGUUCAACCAAUUUCAAAACUUGAGUUUGAGUUUGAGAGGAGGAAAUUGUCAAAAGAUGAUGUUAGAGAGUUAAUUUAUGCAGAGAUCUUAGAGUAUCAUCCCCAGAUGCGUCAGGAGCGCCAACGCGAUGGAGAUCAAACUACCUUUAUGUAUCCAAGUGGCGUUGAUCGAUUUAGGCUUCAGUUUGCGCAUCUGGAAGAGCACCAUGUCAAAGGUGAAAGAAGUGCUCCACUUCAAAGGCAGCAUGCUUCUUUACCCCGGGAGCGGGUUCCUGAACCUGAGCACAACAACGCUGAGAAGAACACUGAUUUUGAAAGGGGGAACGACAAGAGUGCUCACCUCUUGAAAAGUGCUAGCAUUAGUGCAUCAAGGUGUCUUGGGGUAAUACCAAAAGAGAAGUCUGAGACGGACGAAGGAAGUUCUGAAGCAAAAAAUGAAGCAGCGGAUGGCUCGUCUCAAAAGAUCGCAGUCCUUCAGACUUGAUUCCAUGCGGAUUUGUUACAGGAGGCAGAAGGUUUUGAUUUGGCCACAUUUACCUGGGAAACAGGUCUUUGAUGAGCUAGAUUUCACUAUGAUCACUUAUGUUUAAAGUACGAUAUUAAAGUAGUAUUUCAUUGUAUUAUUUUGGCCCUCUUCCUUAAAUUGUUGAAAUAUAGAGCAAACACGCCCUCUUGUAAAUAAUCUGUUAUAUUUGUAUAGCUAACCUUCUAUUGUAGUUUGUGCAGUCGACACAUUCACACAAUAAAGAGAUCUUUGCACUGUUUAUUGGGAGUGGUAA